AUGUGGGAUGACAACAUUAGGGAGUGGACUGGCCUACCCCUUGCCAUCACCUAUGCGCUGGCACACACCAGAGAGGUUGGAAGGACUCGGGCAGUGCUCAGCUGCAAAGCGCCCACACCACCACCCUCGAGAGCCAUGGCCAGGUGGCUUCUCGUCGCGCUGAUGGCGGGAAUGGUUGUGAGUAACAGCCUCGGUGCAGCCAACAACAUCAUAACAUUUCUCGAUGCCUUCUACCAACUUGCCAAUUUCACAGACCAAUCGGCUGAUGCAACAUUUGACCAUGGGACAGAUAACAGGGAAGACGCGAAGGACAUUAAACCCUUCUCACGGGUGAAGCCCCCACAUUUUCAUCCCACAGACAAAGAUGAGUGUGCCAGAAACCCAUGCCAGCACAGCGGGAGCUGUGUGAACAAAGAUGGCGGAUACACCUGUAUCUGCUCAUCUGGAUGGACUGGACAGGACUGCCAGCAAGACAUAGAUGAGUGCGCCAGCAAACCCUGUCAACACGGGACAUGUGACAACAAAGAUGGAGGGUACACAUGUACCUGCUCACCUGGAUGGACUGGGCAGAACUGUCACCGAUACUUCAAUGAGUGUAACAUUGACCCUUGCCAUCAUGGAACCUGUAAGAAAAAAGCUGACGGAUACAACUGUACCUGCUCACCUGGAUGGACUGGACUGAACUGUCAUCGAGACAUAGAUGAGUGUGCCGGAAACCCAUGCCCACAUGGACGCUGUGUGAACACAGAUGGUGGAUACCAUUGUGUGUGCUCACCUGGACGGACGGGAGAGGACUGUCAACAAGACAUAGAUGAGUGUGCCAGAAAUGAUCCAUGCAAACAUGGAACCUGUGAGAACCAAGAUGGCGGAUACAACUGUACCUGCUCACCUGGAUGGACUGGACAAAACUGUCAGCAAGACAUAGAUGAGUGUGCCGGAAACCCAUGCCCACACGGACACUGUGUGAACACUCAUGGUGGAUACCGUUGUGUGUGCUCACCUGGACGGACGGGAGAGGACUGUCAACAAGACAUUAAUGAGUGCAUGAGGAACCCUUGCCGACAUGGACACAGCUGUGUGAACACAGAUGGUGGAUACACAUGUGUCGGCUGCCCACCUGGAUGGACUGGAGAGAACUGUCAGCAAGACAUAGAUGAGUGUGCCAGAAAUAACCCAUGCGAACAUGGAACCUGUGAGAACCAAGAUGGCGGAUACAACUGUACCUGCUCACCUGGAUGGACUGGACAAAACUGUCAGCAAGACAGAGACGUGUGUAUAACGACACCAUGCCAACAUGGAACCUGUGUGAACCAAGCUGGUAGGCACAGAUGUAGGUCCACACCUGGACCGACCGGAAAAAACUGCCAGCAAGCCUGGAAAUGCCCAAGUGGAUGGAGUGAAUAUAACAACCACUGCUACAAGUUCAUGACAAGCAGAGUCGACUGGUACACAGCGGACGCACGGUGUAAAGCCUGUGGCGCAAAUCUUGCUUCUAUUCACAGCCGUGAGGAGAACGAGUUUAUCAGCCGUCUCAUCCCUGACGACCCUGGGAGGAUCCUAAGAGCUGUACAUGUCUACAUUGGACUACGCAAGUUGAAGAAUGGACGCUGGACGUGGUCUGACGGAUCUCAAAUGGGUUACAACAACUGGGCUCCUGGUGAAUCCACCUGGACCCACCUGUGGGGUUGGAAGAUGGAGUGUUCUGCUAUGUACAAGUACUCCGAGAUCGGCAUACGCUGGAUGAGCUAUGGACGUCACCACUACGAUAAACAGGGACAGUGGUCGGAUCAACCGUGUUCCGUUUUCUUUAAAAGCUUUCCGUACAUCUGCAAAGCUCCAAAAUAAGAGUGUUGCUGACAGGAACCUAUAAUUGAUCUCCCUG